AUGGGGGCAGGACAGAAUCAGCUUGCUAGGGAUAUUGUAGCGGCACUUGCGGCAGCUAAUCUUUUGCAACCACCUCCUAGGGAUAUCGCGAACAGUCGGGCCAUAGUAGCUAUGAGAGAGUUUAGCCGUAGAAAUCCACCUCAGUUUGAUGGGGAGAGUAGCGACCCCCUUGUGGCCGACCAUUGGCUUUCACAAAUUCGUAAGAUCUUUAAUGCCCUUAAGAUUACGGAGGACGACCUACGGGUGAGUAUAGUAGCUUGUCAACUUACCGGUGAGGCGAACGAGUGGUGGGAAUCUGUUUUAGGAGUAAGGAGAGACGCUAGGAGGGCGGCUGGAGUUGCAAAUCAGGAAAUUGAGCCGGUUGAGGAAAGUUUGACUUGGGCUGAAUUUGAGACACUUUUUGAAAACCAAUAUUUUCCAGAGUCGUAUCGCGAACAGCUUAGAAACCAAUUCGAGAGGUUAGAUCAAGGUGACAUGACCGUUUCAGAAUAUGCCACUAGGUUCCAAACCUUGUCCCGUUUUGCGCCAGAGUUAGUUGCAACCGAUGGUAGGAAAUGUAGGCGUUUUGAGAAAGGGUUAUGUCUAUCUAUCAAGAAGUUUGUGGUAGGUCAACGAAUUGAAAGGUUUUCUGACAUUAUUGAGUGUGCUAGAAGUAUUGAUUAUACGGAGGAAAUACCAGAGGAGGCGAAAGUGCAGGAGUCGAGGAAACAAACCAUUAGCAAGAACAUAUCUAUAGAAACAUCUGGGAGCCAAGGCAGGAAGAGACAAAGAGAUCAAUUUUGGUCCACCUCGAGCCAACAUAGUUCAGAACCACCUAAUCUUUCUAGAACGUCAGGAGUUCCGUCGGGAUCAACAAUUGUGUGUUAUCGGUGCCGCCAGUAG